UUGAUAUCAAGCUCAUUCAGUGUGAAGGAAAACUCCUACUGUCAGUAUAGCAAGUUCAGGGUUGGCUGCUCACUGCUCUGUGAAGAUGGCACCAUUUUUAAUGGAACCAAUGUUGAAAAUGCCUCCUACGGCCUGACCAUAUGCGCCGAAAGGUCAGCCAUUUGUACUGCAGUCUCCCAAGGUCACAGAAAAUUCAAGGCCAUUGUCGUGUCAAGGUGUGAUCAGGAUAAGUUUACAUAUCCCUGUGGUGCUUGCAGGCAGUUUAUUGCAGAGUUUGGAUUGGAUAUAGACGUUUACAGCACAAGACCUGAUGGCUCCUAUGAAAGAGGAACAAUCUGCGAACUACUUCCGUUUUCUUUUGGUCAGUCUGACGUCAUC